AUGCCUACGCAGGCUCGCAGCCUCCGUACACGGGGCACUAUGAACGAGAACGAUGAGAACAGACCCUCGACGCGUCUCACCCGGGCUAAGGCUGCUGCUUUAUCCGCUGGAGACUCCACCGCCGCGGCGAAGAAGCCCCUUGAGUCCAAGAAGGCUGCUACCUCCACAGCGACGACUGGUACUACAAGGAGACGCGCAGCAUUGGGCGACGUGAGCAAUGUUAACAAGGGCGAAAACGGUGGGGCGAAGGAGGGAAAGAAGCCAGCCGCAGCAAAGGUCGGUUUGACAUCGAAAGCUACAAUGCAGGCUGGCGGUGUGGCGAAGCUUACCCGGACCAACUCGUCGCGUACCACUGGUGGUGCCCUAGCACCCAAGACUACCAACCCGAAGAAGCCCAGUGAGGACAAGGAUAAACGUUCAGGAUCGGGGUCUAUCAAGGACAGUGCGCAGAAACGCCAAAAGCCGAUACAGGACAACGUGUUGAUUGAGGAGCCUCCCCGCAAGAAGGUCGAGGUGGAAAAGAAGACUACCGAAAAGAAGUCUGCCGUUGAAAAGGCUUCUGUUAGCAAAGAAAAUGCUGCAGCUCCUACCGCGUCAAAGACCCUUCAGAAGCCCUCUGAAGACCUUGUGGAAGAUUUAGAUACUGAAGACUUAGAUGACCCCUUGAUGGUGGCCGAAUAUGUGGUGGAGAUUUUCGAAUACAUGAAGGACCUUGAAUUAGAGACACUGCCCAACCCGCAUUAUAUCGACCAUCAACCUGAUCUGGAAUGGAAGAUGCGCGGUAUCCUUGUUGACUGGCUCAUCGAGGUUCACACUCGUUUCCGCCUUCUGCCCGAAACCCUCUUCCUCGCUGUCAACAUUAUCGAUCGUUUCCUCUCGGCUGAGGUGGUAGCUUUGGAUCGGCUUCAGCUUGUUGGAGUUGCCGCCAUGUUUAUUGCGUCCAAGUAUGAGGAAGUCCUCUCGCCACAUGUGGCUAACUUCAGUCACGUCGCCGACGAGACUUUCUCUGACAAGGAGAUCUUGGACGCCGAGCGCCAUAUUCUGGCGACUCUUGAGUACAACAUGAGCUAUCCCAACCCCAUGAACUUCUUGCGUCGUAUCUCGAAAGCGGACAACUACGAUAUUCAAACCCGUACCCUUGGAAAGUACCUCAUGGAGAUCAGCCUACUGGACCACAGAUUCAUGGCCUACCGUCAAAGUCACGUGGGGGCUGCCGCCAUGUAUCUGGCCCGACUAAUCUUGGAGCGUGGACCUUGGGAUGCCACCCUUGCUUAUUAUGCUGGGUAUGAUGAGAAGGAAAUCGACCCUGUCUUCCGUCUCAUGAUUGACUACCUCCACCGUCCAGUCUGCCACGAAGCGUUCUUCAAGAAAUAUGCCAGCAAGAAGUUCCUCAAGGCGUCCAUCUUGACCCGCCAAUGGGCAAAGAAAUAUCACCACCAGUACAUCGAUAGCUCCCUGUCAGAACCGUACAAUUAUAUCAAAGAUAACGAAUAA